AUGUGGCUGAGGAGAUAUUAUGUUUCAGUGAAGGAAUCUACUCUGUUGCUCCUGCAGAGAGAAACAAUCCAAUAAGUUUUUUCAAAACACCUAAACUGGAGGCCAUGGCCUUCCCUGUGCAGUUUCCUACAGGCCAAAACACACUGGAUGAAAGAAGGCUGAUCAAAGUAUCCCCCAGUGGGUAUUUCAAAUCAAGACUUUUCUGCAUUGAUGAUCGUUUUGCCAGAGACACAAACUAUUUGUUCUUUGCACAGUUUGUGACUGAAAUACAUUUGGCUACUUCCAGCAUGACAAUACAGUUAAGGAAGGCAAAGCCUUUGACCAGAGAUGGGAGAAAAAUAACCUCAGGCAUGUUACAAGAUAAACAUGAGGUGGAGAAACUGGUGAGAAAUAAAGAUGCAGUGAGAUUCAUGCAGCCUCUGAGAGGAACCCCAGCCUAUUGGGAGAAAACCACUAGAGAUCUUUUUGCCAUGAUCAGACAGUUGGGAACUCCCACGUUCUUUUGCACAUUCUCAGCUGCUGAAAUGCGCUGGCCCGAAGUGAUUGAGGCAAUAACAAGGCAGCAAGGUGAACAAGUCAAUUUUGAAGGACUCGACUGGUCAGCAAAGUGUGACAUCCUGAGGAGCAAUCCUGUCACAACAAUGCGCAUGUUUGACAAGAGAGUUGAAGCAUUAUUCAGAGAUUUACUCUUAUCUCCUGCAGAGCCACUUGGCAAAGUCAUUGACUACUUUUACAGAGUCGAGUUUCAGCACAGAGGAAGCCCACACAUACACUGCCUCCUGUGGGUAGAAGGUGCUCCUGUGUUUGAGGAGGAUGAUGAUCAAACUGUUGUUGAUUUUAUAAACAAAUACAUCACAGCUCAGCUGCCUGAUCCACAUAAACAACCUGAACUGUACAAGAAAGUAACAGAAGUGCAAAAACACAGUAAGAACCACACGAAGACGUGCUUUAGGAGUUUAAGCUCCGGGUGCCGUUUUGGUUUUCCUAAACCACCCUGCAAUGAGACAAUGAUCACAAGACCCAGUGAGGAUGAUGAACUGGAGGUAGAAACAGCAAAAAACAAGCUCAGGCCACUGAACCAGCUGCUGAAUGAGCCUGAAACUGCUUCCAUGAGUUUAGAGCAGCUCUUGGCAAGAUGCAAGUUGACACAUGCAGAAUAUGAGCGAUACCUGAAUAAAAUGAACACAAGGAGUACGAUCAUACUAAAGCGUGAUCCAAAAGACUCUUGGAUAAACGGCUAUAAUCCACAUCUGCUUGAAGCCUGGAACAGUAAUAUCGACAUAAGCUUUGUUUUAGAUGCUUUCGGUGCAGCAAAUUAUUUAAUGAAAUAUAUAUCAAAAAAAGAGGGCGGGCUAUCUGAGUACCUGAAAACUGUCAUUGAGAACUCCCAUAAGGACAGUGUAAAUGAGUGCGAUGAAAUGAGAGCUGUCAUGCAGGCAUAUUCAAAGAAGCGAGAGAUCAGUGCACAGGAGUGUGUUGCUCGUGCAUGUGGUCUUCACAUGAAGCAAUGUUCACGGGCUGUAAUAUUCAUACCAACUGAUGAUAAUCCAGUGAAAAUGAGUCGUCCCCUGUCAGUUCUGGACAACACAACACCUGAGUCUUCCAAUGUUUGGAUGACAUCUUUGAAUGACAAAUACAAAGCCAGACCUGAAACACCAGAGUAUGAGGAGAUGUGCAUGGCAGACUUUGCUGCUACUUGCAGGAUUGUCUAUGGCCAACAGACAAAAGGUAAAGAUGUUUUGCCCCUUCUCAAUGAGAUGGGAUUUGUGCAAAGGCGCAAAAACAAUAAGCCUGCUAUCAUCAGAUUUCACCGCUGCUCACAAGAAAAACAUCCAGAGCAAUAUUUCGGAAGACUGCUUAAACUGUACCUUCCUCAUCGUUCAGACCAUGAACUGAAAACACCAUCUUUGCCAACCUAUCAGGCUUUCUAUGGUGCUGGCUGUGUACAGCUACCAGGUACUGACCGUCUUGAGUACGUGCAACACACUGUCAAAAGAAACAGAGAAAAAUAUGAGAAAAACAGUGAGGAGAUCGAGAGCGCUGUUGAGGAAUAUGAGCAGAACAGAGGUGUGACUGAUGAAUGGUGUAAUCUGGCACCUGAAUCAGAUCUUGUAAGGUUGCCACUUGUUGAACAAGAAAGAGAGCGAGACAAUGAAAAUGAACAGGAAGAUGUGCCCGACUACAGCCGUCAGGCUGAUGCUUCAACAGAAGUCAGAGCCAUCAGGGAACCCCCUGCUAUUGAUCCCACUUUGUUACGUCAGAUGUUUCAGAAUCUAAAUAAGAAGCAAGCCUGCAUAUUUUAUGCAGUUAGAGACUGGUGCAUUAAAAAAGUCUGUGCUCUAAAUCCGGAGCAGUUUUUCUUUUAUAUUAAUGGUGGUGCUGGAACAGGAAAAUCACAUCUUAUCAAAUGCAUCUACUCAGAAGCAUCUAAGAUACUGAGCAAAGUGCCCAGAUAUGCAGACGACGUUGACAUAUCAAAACCCACUGUCCUGUUAACUGCUUUCACUGGGACUGCAGCAUUUAACAUUUCUGGAACAACACUGCAUUCUCUUCUCAAACUCCCUAGAAGCUUAAAACCUCCCAUUCAGGGACUUGGCAAUCAGCUGGAUGAAGUCAGAUCAGAACUUUUGAAUGCUGAAAUAAUCGUCAUUGACGAAGUGUCUAUGGUGUCAAGACAUCUCUUUGCAUAUGUAGAUGCAAGACUUAAACAGAUCAAAGGGACUCGGAGACCCUUUGGAGGCAUGUCAGUCAUUGCUGUUGGAGACUUCUAUCAGCUACCCCCAGUGCGACAGUCGAAACCUCUCUGUGUGCACGACCCGUCCGAGAUCGACCUGUGGCGGGAGCAUUUUCAGAUGAUCACUCUGACUGAGAUUAUGCGUCAGAAAGAUGAUGUUGUCUUUGCUGAGAUGCUGAACAGAAUCCGUGUGAAAGGAAAGUUGGAUGUGCUUUGCGAAGCAGAUAGAAAUUUGUUGUCACAGGCCAUAACUGAACCAGCCCGUUGUCCGACUGAUGCGUUGCACAUUUUUGCAACUAACAAAGAAGUGGAUGCACACAACUCUGCAACACUGGGUCUGCUCCAUACUCAUAUCAUUGACAUCCAUGCAGAUGAUUAUAGAAAGGAUCCUAGAACUGGCAGAAUGGCACUUCAAGACAGACCAUUCAAAGGAGGUAAAAACGAGUUACCAGACACACUGAAAGUUGCAGAAGGAGCUCGUGUCAUGCUCACCAGAAACAUUGACAUACAAAAUGGUUUGGUUAAUGGAGCUUUUGGAAAACUACUUAGAGUAGUUUACUCUGAAAACGACCAACACAUCAUCAAGCUUGGACUUAAAAUGGAUAAUGAGACAUCUGGAAAGAAUAACCGCACACCAGCAGACGACAUGGUGUACAUUGAGAGAGCAGAGGAGAAUCUAAAGCAGAAAGGAGUGGUACGAAGACAGUUCCCAGUGAAGCUGGCCUUUGCAUGUACAAUACAUAAGGUACAGGGUAUGACAACCACAUCAGCUGUUGUCUCUCUUAAGAGCAUUUUUGAGCCCGGCAUGGCCUACGUAGCUGUCAGUAGAGUGACGUCUCUCAGUGGACUGUAUCUUCUUGAUAUGGAGGAGAAAAAAAUAUUCACCAAUCCAGAAAUCACUGCAGCGCUUGAGAACAUGAGACAAGCCAACCUUGAUGACAUGAUGCCUCUUCUACAUGUGAGACAAACACUGAGCAGGUCAGAGGUUUUCACCAUUGUUCAUCAUAAUACAGAGGGACUGCCAGCUCACAUUAAUGACAUCAAGAGUCACCAUGAAUUGUGUCUAGCAGAUGUUUUGUGCCUAACAGAAACACACCUGCGGGGCUCUUUUGUCGCAGAGAGUCUCCACUUGGAAAAUUACAAUUUGUUCAAACGCAACAGACACCUGUCCUACACAAACUUUCCCCAGAUGGCAAACAGAAGUGGUGGUGGAGUUGCUGUUUAUGUGAAGAGUGACAUUCAAGUGCAUGAAAAACAGUACAUCCAUAAUGUAACUGACCUUGAAUUUCUGGCUUUAAAGGUUGAAGCACCAGUCAGUGCUCUGAUUGCAGUUGUGUACAGACCUCCAGACUACACUCUGAGGCCAUUCCUGAAAAACCUGUGUGAAGCACAUAGCAGCCAGAAACUGUAAUGCCACAGAUCAGAGAGGCUUCAUCAUCACCAUCUUCAUCGCCGUACGAUCAGAGCAUGAGACUUCACAUCUGGAGCACAGGAGAGAUUCUGUGAUAAGUCCUCCUUCUAGCUUGUCCCACUAGCAGUCGGUGAGAUUUACUCACAACAAAAAGGGUUAAUGACAUUAUUUUCAUGAAAACAUGUAUUAAUUCUUUGUAAAGUGUUUAAAUUGUGUUUUCACUUGACCUUAGGAGUGUUAUUUUGAGUGUAUUUUAAUAUCUGUACUCAGGUGUUUCCCUCUGUGAUCCAUCCCCUUCAGAGCUAAGACACUCAGGACUGAACAGACUGCACAGUUUCUGUGACUGAGCCUCCAAAACAUCUUCUUUGAAACCACACAUGAUAGAAGGGCUUUAUAUUUGCAGCAGCACUACUAAAGUCGGCAGGACUGUUGCUGCAGGAAAACAUCCCUGCAGAUCACCAUCAUUGUCAGACUGACUGUGCCUCCUCUGUGCAGUGUCAAGAUCCUCCCUAAAUGAGUGUUCCUCAGCUAUCCUGCUUCUGUGCUGCUUGCCACACAUCAAACACUGGCCGGAUGACAGGGAGGAUCCACUCUGAAGUCACUGGACAUGAUGAGGAUCAUAUGGGACUUUAUAGUUUCACAGAAAUGUUGUGCUCUUUGAUUACAGGUUUUAAAUGGACAUAAUGACUGCCUCUCUCUGAUCUGACAGGCUAAAGGAUUGUUUUCAUUGUUAGUGCUCUGUACAGUGUAUGCUUAUUUAAUAUUUCAUCACAGAGCAAACCUUUAUUUAUUUAACAUAUUUUUAUUUUGUUUUAAUGUUGAAUUAACUGUGGGGAUUUUUUUAAGUGGGCACUCGGGAUGUCAUAUGACCAGAAAUGUGGUAACUGUAAUUCAACAGUAUGUAAAGAAAGAAUCUGCUAAGAACAAAACACACACAAAAAACCCCAAGAGAACUCAAAUUCGUUCCAUGUAAUCCAAUCUAAAACAUUUUAAACUGCUGAACAGCAACACAAACAGUGUUAAAGAAACAGUGUUAACAGAAUAAUUAUGAUGAGUUUGUACCAAAGUUUCAGGUCACAUGGCACACCUAGUGUGUAGUGUGGGGUAUCAGCUGGUAAGUAUAGGUUUUUUCAUAUUUGUGUCCUUAGAGUUCAGAUAGAUUAAGCCUUGUGUAUAAUAAUUAGUCAUAACCACAACUCAAAGUCAGGGAUGAACUAAAUUUGGGACUUUGUGCCUGAGCCCAGGUUAAAACACAGUGUUAAAAAGCAUUUAGUGGCAUGGCUGAACAAUGCUGUAAACUAAUGAUACGUAUUUAUCCAUGUUCACAAAAAGGACUAAUGUGUUCAUUUGAUUAUUUGUAUGUGUUAAACUGUGUCACCACCUUAGGCUUUCGUUUGAGUUCACUCAAAAAUCUCUAUACAGUUCUAUUUUACCACUGUGUGGACACUGUUUACAAUAAAACAUAAAAAAGAAUGAGUAAUAAAAAGAUGUGUAGACAGAUCAGUAGAUUCAGUAGACCAAUAUUAACAGCUGUUCAGCCAUGUUCUACGAAACCAACACAAUUUAAAGGUUCAGGAUUGUGGUUUUAAAAGUUGAAUUUUCAUGUAUUUCAUAUGUUGCUUAUUAUUUUUAUUUGGUUAUUUAAUUUAGUUAUUUUUAUUUAUUCUCCUGUGAAGUGUUUAACAAAAAAAGCUACUUUAAUUUCAAUUUUAUUUGUUUAUUAUUUGGUAAUUUGUUCUUUAAGAAUCGAGUCUGUGCCAAAAACUAAAGUUGAACAGACACAUGACAGGAUCAGAUUAUUAACACCUUAAAACAUUGCAAACGUCUCUUUUUAAAAUGAUUUUUAUUCUAUUUCGAAAAAAAAAAAUGUUGAAUUAAUUUAAGUCCUUUUCAGAAAGAAGCUGUACAAUAUGACUUAAGAUUUUUAUGUUAUUUUCUAUGAUAUACAAAACAAAUGGAUGUAUGUAAUACCAUUAAACAUGAUAUACACAUGUGUAUAUGUCUGAAAAACAUUAUGCUGUAUAUUAAAGCUUGUAUUUUCUCCAG